AUGAGUGGAAUCAAAAAUCACAGCUACCUCAUAGGACUACUCUACUCCCUCGAAUUUUUCAUAACAAGAAUAGCAGUCUUCAUAAGCCUAGUUGUUUACGUCCUUCUCGGGAAUACUUUGGCACCGCAGAAGAUCUUCGUCGUAACUGCCAUAUACAACGUGAUUAAGCCAGCUGUCACAAUAGUCUUUGCCAUGAGCAUAACCGCCCUCUUCAGUGUCAACGUUUCCCUGAAGAGAAUUGAAAACUUUCUUCGAAAUCAAGAUUACGUUGAAAAUCCAUCCGGUUUUACACCGAACAACCUUAGGCAUAUCGACCCAAGAGACCUGGAAUCCAAUCAGGUCUCUUUACCAAUUGAGCCGAGGGUUUUCAUAUUAUCAGGAGAAUUAGUUGCUAUCAUCGGUCCAGUUGGAAGUGUCAAGACGAGUCUCCUCAAUAUGUUGUUGAAAGAAAUGAUUGUCAUAAGCGGAGACGUAGAUAUUCAAGGAAGAAUAUCUCACGCGUCACAAGAACCUUGGUUCUUCGCUGGAAGCAUCCAGCAAAAUAUACUUUUCGGAGAAUCCUACGAUCAGGAUAGGUAUGAAUCAGUUACACAUGUUUGCGCUCUUUUAGGUGAUUUUCAAAAUUUCCUUCACGGCGAUGCUACUCUAGUCGGGGAAAGAGGAAAAGCACUCAACGGCGGGCAGAAGUCAUGGGUGAACUUGGCCAGAUGCAUCUACAGAAAAGCAGAUAUUUAUAUUUUAGACGAUCCUUUAUCUGCUGUGGACGCCAAGAUAGGCAGGCAUCUGUACCAGAAAUGCAUAGAAACAUUUUUAGGGGACAAAAUUUGUAUUUUGGUAACUCAUCAGUUGCAGUACCUGAAAACAGCUGAUAAAAUAAUAAUAAUGAAGGAUGGUCGUAUCGAGGCAUGCGGCACGUUUUCAGAAUUACAAAAUAGUGGUUUAGAUUUCGCUUAA